AUGCCUCCUAAAGUAGAUUCUAAAACUAGCGAAAGUGAUAAGGAGAUUCAGGAUACUAAACUGUCUAUCUUAAUUGCUAAACGUGAAGCUAUAUUCGGUAUCAUGCAAAAUGUCUUUGACUUAUCUCGUGAACCCGAUGUUCAUACGAACGUUGAAAAAAGAGAACAUUUUCUAGACGAAUCUUCACAAAUUGAUUCAUUGCGUUUAAAGUUCGAGUCUAUUGUAGACGAUUAUAAUACACGUUUAUUAAACUUAAAUUCAGAUGCAAAACCUGAUUACAAAAGUCUGUAUGCUUUUGAGACUUUGUAUAAUAGGGUCAAACGAACUCAUACAAAAUGCUCAACUUUAAAUACGACACCAGAAAUACAUAAUGCGACCUCCGCGCUGCUAAAAGCCAAGCCGAAGCUAGCUCCCAUAUCGAUAUUAGAAUUCGAUGGUGACAUUAAAUCUUUUCAGAUGUUUUAUACGACCUUUAAGUCAGUAGUAGAUAAUAAUCCAUCACUCACAGAUGCAGAAAAGCUAUUUUAUCUGUUACCGAAGCUGACAGGGAAGGCAAAAAGCGCAAUCGCUGGAAUUUCUCCGUGUGCUGAGAAUUAUCAGCUCAUUUUACAAACACUCGUCAAUAGGUUCGAUGAUAAACGUAUGUUGACUUCCGCGUACCUACAUGAAUUAUUUCGCUAUAAGGGUUUUCAGACUCCCUCUGCGACUAACUUUGAAGAUUUCAUAGACCGGUUCGCUGGCGCAGUAAGCGCUUUAAAAAACCUAAAGUUAGAGAACCUAGCUGAUCUUAUCAUACUACAUAUAGCUACACAAAGGGUCGAUACUGAGAGUGUACGCGCGUUUGAAAUUAAAUGCGGCAAGAAUAUACCUACUUUCGACGACUUUGUGGAAUUUAUCACAACACGCGCGAAGGUGUUUGAGCGUACGAAUACGAAUGUCACAAACCCUUCCAAUACGCGUCAUAAUAAAAAUAUAAAACAUUUGAAUAACGGGACUUCUGGCAAUGCGCCGAAGUAUCAGGCCUAUAUAAGCACGGUUGAUAAGCCUACGUCCAAGUGUCUAUGUAGAAAUAUAACACAUGCGCAUUUAUAUAAAUGUGUUGACUUUAAUAAAUUAUUAACUCCUCAAGAACGUUUUAAGUGCGUCAAGGAGAAGAAUGCCUGUGUGAACUGCCUGUCUAUAAAACAUAAAGUCGGGCAAUGUGAAGUCUCCCCGCACUGUUCGUGUGGUCAGAAACAUAACAAAAGGCUGCACUUUGACCAGCGCGAGGAACAUUCCCGCGCGCCUCAGUUGAAUACCGUCAUGCCGCCACCGAACGCACCUACCGUUACCGCGUCAUCGCCCGUAGCGGAUGAUCGCGCCGACGUAGCACUGUGCGCUACGCGCGUAAGCCCGUCUACAAGCGCUACGCAGGUGUAUAAUAGCAAUUUAAUGAAUCGUGUCGAAGACAAGCGAACUACUGUCUUAUUGGCUACCGCACAAGUUGCUGUUUACGACUGUAAUGGUGAACGGCAAGUUAUACGUAUAUUGUUGGAUUCUGCUUCGCAGGCCGAUUUCCUCUCAAAAGAAUGUUGUGAUCGCUUGGGUUUGCAAACUAAAUUCACAGAACUGACAGACAAAUUACCUACGGCUGUGAUAGAUACGGCAGUCCUAUCACACCUUAAAGGUAUUCCGCUUGCCGAUGCGAGUUACGGCGUACCUGAUAAAAUUGAUGCUUUAAUAGGAGCUUCCCUAUUUCCACAUUUGCUUCUCCCCGACGACGUCCAUACGUCACGUCGCGACCCGUCGGUGCCCGUUGCAUUGCGCACGGUGUUAGGUCUGGUGUUCAUGGGCAAUGCGCCUACGAUACCUACUAUAAAUACUCAUACGGCCUUGACAUGUUGUUUCGUUCAAGAGCCUCCUGCUAUUGACUCUUUAGUCAAGCGUUUCUGGGAACUUGAAGAACUUCCUUCCGCUUCCAUUCAGAAUCCUGAUGAUAAUGAAUGCGAAGACUUCUACACUUCGACUACUGUCCGAGAUCCCGAUACGGGCAGAUACGUUGUCGGCCUGCCAUUUAAAGAGGAUCUAUAUUCCCUAGGAAAUUCUUUGGACAUAGCUAAGAAACGUUUCAUCUGCCUCGAAAGAAAGCUUGAAGCUUCGAAUAAAUUGAGGUCGGCAUAUGAUGACGUCAUAAAAGGUUAUCUCGCGAAAGAUUAUAUUUCUCCCGCGCCUUCAUAUGAUUCUAAAGAUCCUGUUCCGAUUUACGUGAUGCCACACACGGGGAUUUUACGUGAAGACAAACUCUCGACGAGACUGAGAUUAGUCGUCGAUGCUUCUUGUCGUUCUAGUUCUGGAAAGGCACUGAACCAUCUGCUACAUUCCGGUCAAAAUUUACAGGGAGAUCUUUUUAAAAUAAUUUUGAAUUUUCGUCUGCAUGCAGUGGCAAUGACAGCCGACUGCCGAGAACAGUUUCUACAAAUCGUUAUGCGCGAAGCUGAUCGUCGCUAUCAAUGCUUCUUAUACCGCUUUAAUCCACAAGACCCUCUUGUGCUAUACCAGUUCAAUCGAGUCUGUUUCGGUCUCACUUCCAGUCCCUUCCAUGCACUGCGCACGGUAAGACAGCUGGUGAAUGACGACGGCGCAAAAUAUCCACGAGCGAAUAGCAUUGUGCUACCCGCGCUUUAUAUGGAUGACGUAGCUUUCUCGCUUCCCAGCGAACUAGAGGCAGUCACUGUGUCGCUGCAGAUGAUCGAUCUUUUUAAGGGUGCACAGUGGGAAUUAGUUAAGUGGAACAGCAAUUCUCGCGAGGUCUUAGAUAACCUUCCUGCGUCCCACAAACUUCCGACUGAAGUGGAGUUUGACAAAACCAUGCACCAUAAAAUACUUGGUCUGCAUUGGUAUACUGGAAAUGACGCUUUCUAUUUUAAAAUUUCUGUGCCCGACGAUGUGACAUGCACUAAGCGCUCCAUCUUGUCGACUGUUGCCCGUCUGUGGGACAUAAUGGGCUUCGUUGCUCCCACAGUCGUGUAUGCCAAAAUAUUAAUUAAAAUGCUUUGGCAAUUAAAUCUUGAUUGGGACACUGUAGCUCCACCACACAUCAUUAAGAUGUGGAGACAGUUUUGCGAUGAGUUGCCAGCUCUAAAUAAGCUACACAUACCGCGUCAUGUGGGCGUGACAACAGACUGUGAGGUCACUCUCCUGGGACUAUCAGAUGCUAGUCUCGCAGCCUAUGGUGCUGUCGUUUAUUUACACGUUAGCUCCCCUACUGGUAACACUGUGCGUCUUGCUUGUGCGAAAAGUAAAGUUUCGCCGACGAAACCUCAUUCAAUUGCUCGUCUCGAACUAUUAGGUGGCGUCCUACUGUCGAAAUUGCUUCGUACAGUACAUGACACUUACUCUGAGCGUAUCCCAAUCAAGGCUACAUAUGCAUUUCUCGAUUCCAAAGUCGCCCUAUAUUGGAUAAAAAGUUCACCGCAUAGAUGGCAGACUUUUGUCGCGAAUCGCGUUGUACAGAUAACUGAGAAUAUCUCACCAGACAACUUUUAUCAUUGCCCUGGCACUGAGAACUCUGCUGAUAUUCUAUCGAGAGGUGUAACUCCUGAGAAGCUUCUCUCACACCCUCUGUGGCUGCAUGGUCCACCAUGGGCAUCAAUGCAUCCGUCUCAGUGGCCACUCAAAACUCUAGAGGGAGAGUCUAUUGAAGACGUACCCGAGAAGAAGGUUCUUAUACACACUGUGUGUAAACCUAUACUCCCGAACGACUUACACGAGCUUGCUCUCCGUUUUUCUUCGUGGAGCAAACUUCUACGUAUAAUUGUAUACAUUUGUAGAUUUGCUAAAUUACUGCCUCGUCGCGGCACUAGUGCAGUUACCGCUGACGACUUAAAUUUCGCAGAGAAUAGAAUGCUUCGCGCUCUGCAAAAUCAGCAUUUUGCUGAAGAAUAUUCUCUUAUUAAAAAUAAUAAAACAUGUUCACCGGCAUUUAAUCGCCUAAGACCAUUUAUUGAUGAUGGACUUAUCCGCGUUGGCGGUCGUCUCGCCAACUCUGGACUUAGCUUUGAAAAAAUACAUCCGGUUAUAUUGCCUCGCAAUGGCCACGUGGUAAAUAUAAUCAUUGAUUAUUACCACAUUAAACAUUUACAUGCUGGACCCGAACUCCUAAUGGCCCUGCUUCGUCAGAGGUACUGGAUUCUGUCGGCACGCCGUAUUGUCAGGCAAAGAGUACAUAUGUGCAAUACUUGCUUUAGAUUUAAACCGCGUCCAACCAUUCCGCUGAUGGCGGAUCUUCCUGAUAUACGUACACGUCCAGCGUUGAAAGCCUUUAGUUUCACCGGCUGCGAUUAUGCAGGUCCUAUACCAUACGUUCCUGUACGCCGCCGUGGCGUACACAGCGAGAAAGCUUAUAUUGUGCUGUUCACGUGUCUCACUACGAGAUCUACGCACAUUGAGGUUGCUACCUCACUCAGCACCCCCAGUUUCCUCGCCGGGUUUAAAAGAUUCCUAUCACGUCGUGGUCCUGUUCAGGUGCUGCAUAGCGACAAUGCUAAAAACUUCCAGGGUGCUGCUUCUUACCUUCGGGACCUCUAUAAAUUUCUAAGAGAAGAAUAUUACCCGAAGCUAGAGCAGGAAUGCGCUGAAAAUCGCAUAACUUGGAAAUUCAUCUGUCCCAAUUCCCCACACUUUGGAGGUUCAUGGGAAAGUAUGAUCAAGGUGACUAAGACGAUCCUGUUCAAGGUCAUAGGGCAACAGCUCCUUUCUUAUGAGGAACUUUGCACUGUGCUCAUUCAGGUCGAAUGUCUUCUCAAUUCGCGUCCGCUAACAAUACUAAGCUCUGACCCUGCCGAACCUUCGGCUCUUACUCCAAGUCACUUCCUACAUACUGCGCCUCUAUUCUCCUUGCCUGCGCCUGAUGUCAAUCCAGACAAAAUUAACUUGGUUGACAGGUACUCGUUAAUAGAUAAAAUGGUCCAAUCGUUUUGGAAUCGUUGGAGGAUGGAAUAUUUGCACGGAUUGCAAGUUCGUUUGAAAUGGAAUACGCCUUCCGUACCUAUUACGCCGGGAACUGUCGUCGUAGUUAUAAAUGACAACGUACCGCCUCUGGCUUGGCCUCUAGCAGUAGUAGAGAAAGUGCAUCCCUCGAAAGACGGCGUCAUACGCGUAGCGACCGUUAAAAUUUCCGGGAGAACUUACGUCCGUCCGGUCGUUCGCUUAUGCCCUCUUCCGACGCAAUAA